AUGAGUACUACCGAAUUCCAUCCCGACCAGCUCUCGGACAAUCAAGCCAGCCCGGCUCCGAGUAACGCAGGCUCCACGGGCACAUCAGGCAUCACAGUGCGCAAUGGACCGCAAGGCCAGCCGCUAAGCUUCAGAAGGCAACGUGCGUCACGCGCGUGUGAGACAUGUCAUGCUCGAAAGGUCCGAUGUGAUGCAGCUAGCCUCGGAGUGCCCUGCACAAAUUGUGUCGCUUUCUCGAUAGAAUGCAAGAUCCCUUCCCCAAAACGAAAGAAGAAUAACUCGGGCAAGAGCAAAGACGACGCUCGUUACGAUGACAGUCCACCUCACACUGCCUCUUCGAUUGUCGACGCGGCGGUCGCCCACUUCCGACCCACGAGUACUGAGGAACCAGAAGGCCCGCGGUCAAAGUCUGUGUCCAUGCCCAGAGACAAAGAGAGAGGCUCAGAUGCCGACGAAAAGAACAAUGCCUUCGGAUACCGCAACAAUCGCAUGGCCACUGACGGAAUGCCAAAAACAACUCUCUCCGAGGCCGAUGCCGCCCAACAAGCUUCGACCGAUAAUGCCUAUGCCCAAUUCAUGAAACCAAAAUUUGCUCGUGCUCCGAUUAAAGAGGCUGGUCGGGUGGCAUACUUGGGCGAGUCGUCAAACCUGUCUCUUCUGGUUCAGGACCGUCAUGGAACGACGGAUGUCGUGCACUAUCCGCUCCCACCGAAUAUCAGAGGAUCUCGCGCCCGGUUGACGGACUUGGACAAUUUGGAAAUUGAUAUCUUGCACCAGCGAGGCGCAUUCCUGCUUCCACCCAAACCCCUCUGUGAUGAAUUGGUCGAUGCCUACUUCAAGUGGGUGGCCCCCGUGGUGCCGAUUAUCAACAAGAGUCGCUUCAUGCGCCACUACCGUGACCCCAAGAACCCGCCGUCACUGCUGUUGCUACAGGCGAUUCUGCUGGCAGGAUCGAGAGUCUGCACUAACCAGCAGCUUAUGGAUGCGAACGGCUCAACGACCCCUGCGGCUAUGACCUUCUAUAAGCGUGCCAAGGCAUUGUAUGAUGCUAACUACGAAGAUGACCGUGUGACUAUUGUGCAGGCAUUGGUUCUUCUGGGCUGGUACUGGGAGGGACCGGAAGAUGUCACGAAAAACGUGUUCUACUGGACGCGGGUCGCCAUCGUGGUCGCGCAGGGUUCUGGAAUGCACCGGAGUGUCGAAAUGUCACAGCUGAACAAGCCCGACAAAAGACUAUGGAAGAGAAUCUGGUGGACUCUGUUCACUCGGGAUCGCUCAGUGGCUGUCGCGUUGGGACGACCGAUUGGAAUCAACACUGAUGACUCGGAUGUUGAGAUGGUGACGGAGGAUGAUUUUAUCGAGGAUGAACUUGACACUCCAGCCGAAUACCCAUCAGACCCGGUCCAUGUCCAAUUUUUCCUGCAGUAUGUGAAACUGUGCGAGAUCAUGGGGUUGGUUUUGUCGCAGCAAUACUCUGUGGCUUCCAAGUCACGGCGCAUGAAUGCUAUGGAUCUUACCCACUCUGAUAUGGCUCUGGCCGAUUGGCUGCAGAAUUGUCCGAAAGAAGUGUGCUGGCAACGAUCUCGGCACCAUUUCUGGGCGGCUCUCCUGCACUCGAACUACUACACUACACUGUGUCUUCUCCACCGAGCCCAUAUGCCGCCGGCCUCAUCCGCACCCAACAACUACAGGGUCGAAGAAAUGGCUUACCCAUCGCGAACCAUUGCUUUCCAAGCUGCAGGCAUGAUCACGUCUAUUGUGGAGAAUUUACAAGCACACGGGGAGAUUCGGUACACGCCUGCCUUCAUUGUUUACAGUUUGUUCUCGGCAUUGAUUAUGCACGUGUACCAGAUGCGUUCAUCGGUCCCCUCGAUUGUGGCCACCUGCCAGGAAAGAAUCAACGUGUGCAUGCUAGCCCUCAAGGAUGUAUCUAAGGUCUGGCUAGUGGCCAAGAUGGUGAACACCUUGUUCGAGUCCAUUCUCGGAAACAAGGUGCUGGAGGAGAGACUCCAGAAGGCCGCAGGUCGGAGACAUCAGCGCACACGUCACGGCGAAUCAUCUGUCUCUAGGAAGCCGGAACCACUGAAGCGCAAGUUUGACGACAUGGACAUUGGUAUGCCAAAUGGUGGACCUACUCCCCCGGUAUCAUACGAACGUUCCCGGCCCCAGACGCCCGCCGUUACACCUUCCCGGGAACUGAACCAGCCUCCUCUCGGCGGCCAACAGUCCCCUAGCAAUCACCGCGGCCCUCACGAUCCCAUGACCGGCACUGGUAACUCCCGAGCCAACACCCGGCCCACUACACCAUUCAACGGCCAAUUCUCUCUACCCGCCACACCCCCCGACUUCUUCCUGGUGACCCGUAACUCGCCCAAUCUUUCGCCCUCUCUCUGGGAGAACUUCCAGCCUGACCAACUCUUCCCCGACGGCACCGCCUUCUUCCCCGAGCUUACCUCGCCUCCGCAACCUGGUGCCGUCGAUCCCAAUCUCCAGAUGCCGUCACAGAUGCCCUCAGGCAUGGCCCAGCGUCCUCCCAUGAUGAACAACCAACCGCAGCCCGCCCCGGGCCGCAGUAUGUCCGUCUCCCAGGGGAGUCCGCCGAUGAUUUCGGGACUGCCUGGCCCCAUGGGCAUGCAGCCCAGCCCGGCGCAGCAGAUGUUUGGCAUAGAAGGUCAUCAGCAGGCUUGGCCGCCGAUCCAGGGUCUCGAUGGGACUAUGAGUGGGGCUGCGAUGGACGCUGCUAGCCAGGAUAAUGAUAACUGGAGUAGCAGUUCCCGGAGUGGCCCAACUGCACCGACGACGCUGAACGUCGAGGACUGGUUCCAAUUCUUCGGCAUCAACGGCGGAUUCGGUGAUUUGGCUGCAUAG